AUGGCCAGCGAAACCUCGCAGAUUAUGACGGAGGAAGAGCGAGCCGCUUACCUCAUGGAGGCACAGACAAAAGCAGUCAAGCUGUUUGACGAGAUCGAGAAAUCUGUCGUCCGGCCCGGCGUCAGUGAGAAGGAACUUAGCGAUGAGAUUCAUGCACUUGGUGCUAAGCGCUUCGACGUCAAAAGCCACUGGCAUAAGCGAGUGAUCAGAAGCGGACCGAACACCUUGCUUCCCUAUGCUGAAAAUCCCCCAGACCGCGUCCUCCAGCCCGACGAUAUCCUGUUCGUGGAUCUCGGCCCAGUGUUCGAAGCCUGGGAAGCCGAUUUUGGUCGUACUUUUGUGCUUGGGGAUGAUCCAGUCAAGGCGAAAUUGCGCGACACACUCGAGCCACUGUGGAAGCAGGUGAAAUCGCGCUUCCAGAGCAAACCGGAUAUCACAGGCGAGGAACUAUAUCAAAUCGUCUGCGAUCUGGCCAAGGAGACCGGGUGGGAAUUUGGCAACUUCCAUGCAGGGCACCUUGUCGGCCAAUUCCCACAUGAGCGAAUCCCGGGAGAUCAAGUCGAGUAUUAUAUCACCAAGGGCAGCAAGAAGCCGAUGAGGCGCACAGGAAAGAAUGGGCAGCUGUUGCACUGGAUUUUAGAGAUCCAUCUUGUAGAUCGUGCCCGUCAGAUUGGCGGGUUUUAUGAGCAACUCUUGACGGUUGGUUGA